GGCGCCUGCUGGGUUCUGCCGGCCGCGGUGAGGGCUGCUGGCCGCUACCGACCGGGUGCGUUGGAUGCAGCGGUACCGUGGCCGGGCGGGCGCGUGGGCCGCUCUCCGGGGGCCAGCCAGGAGUCGGCCCUGCCCUUGCCAAGGUCCCGCUGGGAGGAGCGGAGGCCGCCGGGCUCGGCGGGCCUGGCACCCCCGUGUUCCUGGCGCCGACCCGAGCGGACUGGGGCCUUUGGGCGCUCUUCCUCCGCGGGCCCCCACGCCCGUCCGCCGCCUUCCUGCCGCUCCGCCAGGGCACCACCGCCCGGAGGCGACCCGCACCCUGUGACCUCUGCGUGCCUCCGCCCCUCGGGCUCCCUGAGCCGCGCGAGCGUUGGGCUCGGGGCUGUCCGCGGCCCCGGGCGGCCGGGGGUCUCGCCCCCCCGCACGACACUGCCAGGGGCGCCCCUCUCCGGGCCAGAUUAGGGCCCCACUUAGAUCUGGGCCCCCGCCUGUUCAAGAUGUGCAACUUUUUCUCUUCAAAUCUGAUCUAAAAUUAGAAGUUGUGAUGGGUUUGUCUGCUUCAUCUCCAUCUAUUGCUGUUCAGUCAGAAAAUGUAUCUGUACACCCUCAAACAGCAUCUCCACCUUCAGAAUGUCCCAUGCAUCAGGAAAAAAUGGAAGGUUGUCCAAUGCACAUGAAAUCUCCUGACCAAGGUGCUGAGAACCAAAAUAAUAAUAUUCCUGCACAUCAGGAACGAGCAUAUGAAUAUGUGGAGUGUCCAAUGAAAUCUAGUACAUCUCAAAUGAAAGAUGACAUAGAUCCUAGAAAUAUGAUGCCACCGCCUAAUCAAAUGCCAUCCCUGAAUCAACCAUUUCCAUUAUCAACUAUCAGAGAAGAGUCUUCCAUUCCUAGAGCACAUUCAGAACAAAAAUGGGUUUAUCCGUCAGAACAAAUGUUUUGGAAUGCUAUGCUAAGGAAAGGAUGGAGGUGGAAAGAUGAUGACAUAAACCCCAAAGAUAUGAAUAAUAUUAUCCAGAUUCACAAUCAGAACAAUGAGCAGGCUUGGAAAGAGAUUUUAAAGUGGGAAGCUCUUCAUGCUGCGGAAUGCCCAUGUGGACCAUCGUUGAUCCGGUUUGGAGGUAAAGCUAAAGAGUAUUCACCCAGAGCCAGAAUUCGCUCAUGGAUGGGAUAUGAACUUCCUUUUGACAGACAUGAUUGGAUUAUUGAUCGUUGUGGGAAGGAAGUCAGAUAUGUUAUUGAUUAUUAUGAUGGUGGUGAAGUAGAUAACUCUUAUCAGUUCACCGUCUUGGAUGUCCGUCCUGCAUUUGAUUCUCUCUCUGCUGUGUGGGACAGAAUGAAAGUAGCUUGGUGGCGUUGGACUUCAUAACUACACUGAAACUGUACUUUCUCAAAUUGAAGAUGAGCUGCCAUUUGAACUUUAAAUAAAGAUUAUAUUAACUGUGCUUAUCUUCAUUAACCAACAUUGUCCUUCUCUCUGGGGGAAAAACACUAUGCAGUUUUGUAUGAACAGAUACUUCAUACCAUCUUUAAUUUAAAAGUAAGGUACAUGCUUUUCUCUAUUUAGGUUUAUUUCAGUGUUCAAGUUCUCUCCUAGCUGGAAAAUCUUUUGUACUUUACUGUCAAGACUAAACUACACAAAAUUAGUGACUCUCACAAAGUGCCAGGCACAAUGGGGCUUGAUCCUGAUUGAGCUUUUAGGCACUACUACAGUAUAGAUAACAAAAAGUUGGAGUUUUGUAAAUGUUUUUACUUGGUCAUUAGAAGUGAUACAUGGAUACCAUGAUGGUAGGUGUGGUGUAAAAAUCUAGGUAGAUAAUUUAUUGUUGCAAAUUAAUUUAUAUACAGUUAUAUACUGAUAUUUUACUCAUCUGUAUCUAAAUCUGCUGAGAUGAUUUCAGUUGGACUAACUGUUUAAAUAAAAAAUAAGGCAUGUGAAUAUUUUUAAAGGUAUGUUAAACCGAAACUAAUGUAGAAAGAGUUGUGCCUAUUUUCAACAGACUUUUUUAAAAAAAGAAAUGCAAUUAAUAAUUUGAAACAGUGUGGUGGUUACUUUUUCUCUUAAAAUGCUGCCUCUGUAUUGUAUUCCAAAAAGCAGGAAAUAAAAUGGACAUUUCAGAGUA